CGGAGUAAUUACUCGCUCGUAACUCCGACCAGGCCCGCGCGUCAGGGGAUCGGCUGGGGAACUACAAAAGCAGAACACGUUCGACAACUUCCAGAGAGAUCGUAGUUAAUUAACUUCCAAACUAGAACCAGAACAUACCCUGAGACAUCCAAGCCAAAAAUGGAGUCAGACGCAGUCUCCAAAUUCCGCACCCAGGCCAACGAGAAGGCGGCGAAGCUACACGAGCACAUCCUCUCUCUCCCAGCUGAGCGGUUCCGCGGCCAGCCAUGGACGCUGAUCGCGGCCAUCGAGGAGUUCGCCACCAGCAUCCAGCUCCCCAUGCUCUUCCGGCGGCCCAAGAUCGACGUCGUGCGCGGCGUCCUGGCCGCCUUGGAGCCGAAGCCCAAGCUCGUCGUCGAGUUCGGCACCUUCGUCGGCACCUCGGCCCUGGCGUGGGGCGCCAUCCUGAAGGAGCUGAACGGCGCGGACGCCGCUGGUGGGGUGCGGGUCUACACCUGCGAGCUGAACCCGAAGCUGGUGCAGACGGCGCGGGAUCUCCUCGAGCUGGCCGGCCUUGACGAUGUGGUGUCUGUUCUGGAGGGUCCCGGGUCGGACUCGCUGAAGAAGCUGUACGCGGAGGGGAAGGUCAAGGAGGGGCAGCUGGAUAUGGUGUUUCUCGACCAUUGGGAAAAGUUCUACUUGCCUGAUCUGAGGUUGUGCGAAGAGCUGAAGCUCUUCCGAAAGGGAUCUGUUGCUGUUGCAGACAAUACUGACUACCCCGGCGCCCCGAAGUAUCUGGAAUAUGUGAAGAAGGGUGGCAGUGGAGAAGCUGGGUCUGUCCGGUACGAGAGCAAAUCGCUCUUGGCCAAGAGUGAAGCAGGCGCGUCAGUCGUUGAGGUAAGCGAGGUUGUGGAGACAUGACCUCCGCCUGGUGUCUUCGUUGUCGUUGUGGUGGGUAAGGUUCACCUUUGCCGCCGGGUGUCUUGAUGGAAUGCGACAUUGAACGACAAAUGGAGAUUACGGCGAUUGAUCAUUAAUUAGUUGCUCCAGACAAAGCUCUGUUUAACCCGUCGCGGACACAGGUUGUGAAUAAAUGUACAUGACUCGGA